AUGUUUGUUAAUAAAAUAUUGAAAAAACAGAAAUUUAAAAAGGAUGCGUGCAAAGUGAAUGAAAUUGCAGAAAUUAGAAAUUAUAAGUUAUCUUGUCCACCGCGGCCAUCAGGCACGUGCGGUUGCCAACCACAGAUACCGAGCUACAAAAAUAUUAUGCCACCUCCAGCUUCGUGUCGAAAGGUAGAUAUACCACCCAACCCAUGUGUACCGCGAUAUCAUCAUGGCAAGGAUACAUGGAAGAAAUAUAAAUAUUUCGCCCUAUUCGUCUGUUUUCCACUCAUACUAAUACAAACCCUACAUGUUUUGGGACACAAAUCACCACCCAAGGAAGCCUGUUUGGAUUAUGAAUACAUGCGCAGACGCACUAAAAGAUUUCCAUGGGGAGACGGAAUCCAGUCUCUUUUACACAACGAGCGUGUGAAUCACCUUCCUGGAGAAUGCGAACCUCCUCCACUGGAAUGCGAUUAG